GAAUGAGUAGCGGAAGUAAAUUCAGACACUGGUGCUGCGUUUUGACAGGACUGGACACACAAUUCAGUGAAAAAAGACCAAGCUGCCUGUAGACUGAACUGAAAUGGUGGACUCUCAGUACUACCUCCCAAAUGACAUUGGGAUCUCUGCUCUGGACUGUCGGGAGGCUUUCAAGCUUCUCUCACCCAAGGAGCAGUUGUAUGCACACUACCUCUCUCGGGCGUCCUGGUACGGUGGCCUGGCUGUGUUGAUUCAGACGUCCCCCGAGUCUGCCAACAUCUACGUACUUCUGCAAAAAAUAUUCCGCAAACAGGCGCCGGCAAAGCUUGAGGCAGUGGCGACUGCAGCCAAACUGAGCGCAGAGGAAUAUCAGGCCUUCCUCGUAUUUGCUGCCGGGCUUUAUGCAAACAUGGGGAACUACAAAUCAUUUGGGGACACCAAAUUCAUUCCCAAUCUACCAAAGGAUAAAUUCAAGGCCCUGCUCUGGGAGAGUCAGGCCUUCAAGGAGAACCCUGGUGAGAUGGAGGCGCUGUGGAACAAUUGCUCCCAGUCCCUCUACUCCCUGGAGGACAAGGAGAAACAGCUUGGAUUGGGGGAGAAGGGAAUCACAACAUACUUCUCAGGGAAUUGCUGCUUGGAAGACGCAGAGUUUGCUCAGAAAUUUCUGGACUCUAAGAACCUGAGUGCCUACAACACCCGCCUGUUCAAGACGGAAGUAGACGGGAAACGUUGCUAUGAGGUGCGUUUGGCAUCUGCUGUGAAGAAAGACUGUGCUGUUGAGGGUGAAGGCGAAACUUCUUGUGGCAGAUAUGAAUUCGAGGAUGGAGUAUUUUCUGUUAAGAGGGGCGAUUAUGCCUUUCUUAUGGAGAAAGUGAGCCAGAACUUGGAGAAAGCCAAGGAUUAUGCGGCCGAUGAGAAUCAGAAGAGAAUGCUGGAGGAGUAUGUUCGCAGUUUCACAUUUGGCUCCUUGGAAGCCCACAAAGAAGGGUCACGUUAUUGGAUCAAAGACAAAGGACCUAUUGUGGAGAGUUACAUUGGUUUUAUUGAGAGCUACAGAGAUCCAUUUGGCUCCAGGGGUGAAUUUGAAGGUUUUGUUGCCGUAGUGAACAAGGCCAUGAGCACUCGCUUUUCUAAGUUGGUAAGCUCGGCCGAGAUCCUGCUUCCAGAGUUGCCCUGGCCGUCAGCCUUUGAGAAGGACCGAUUUCUCAAGCCAGACUUCACCUCUCUGGAUGUACUUACCUUUGCUGGCAGCGGCAUCCCGGCAGGAAUCAACAUUCCAAACUAUGAUGACAUCAGACAGACAGAAGGUUUCAAGAACGUGUCUCUCGGAAAUGUACUGGCAGUGGCAUAUGCAACACAGAAAGACAAGCUCACCUUUCUGGAGGAGAAAGAUAAGGACCUGUAUAUCAAAUGGAAAGGGCCUUCUUUUGAAGUGCAGGUGGGGCUCCAUGAGCUGCUGGGUCAUGGCAGCGGGAAGCUCUUUGUUCAGGAUGAAAAGGGAGCCUUUAACUUUGAGCAAACUGCAGUUCGUAAUCCCGAAACAGGGGAACUGAUCUCAAGCUGGUAUAAGGGAAGCGAGACGUGGGACAGCAAGUUCUCCACUAUCGCCUCUUCCUACGAGGAGUGUCGAGCUGAGUGCGUAGGUCUCUACCUGUGUCUCAACAAACAAGUGCUCAGUAUUUUCGGGCAUGAGGGGGAGGAUGCAGAGGAAGUGGUUUAUGUGAACUGGCUGACUAUGGUGCGUGCCGGUCUGCUUGGGUUGGAGUUCUACACACCAGAGAGCAAGAGCUGGAGACAGGCACACAUGCAAGCCCGCUUUGUGAUUUUGCGGGUUCUCCUGGAGGCCGGAGAGGGGCUGGUUGGCCUGAAAGAGUGCACAGGAGCAGACGGAAGGCCGGAUGCUAUUAUAACGUUGGACCGCAGCAAGAUCACCACAGUGGGCAAGAGUGCCAUCCAGAGGUUCCUGUGUAAACUGCAGGUGCAUAAAUCCACAGCUGAUGUAGAGGGAGGAAGGGCUCUUUAUGAAGGUUACUCUGCAGUCACUUCUGAUGGCCCAAUGGACUUCCUGAAGUUCAGAGAAACUGUGCUGCUCCGCAAGGAAGCUCGAAAGAUGUUUGUCCAGGCCAACACUCGCAUCAAAGACGAUUCUGUAGAGCUAGAAGAAUAUGAAGGCAGCGCUGCAGGGCUGAUCCAGUCCUUUGUUGAACGCUUCCCUGAAGAUGCAAAGGAGGUAGAGGCCCAGCUUCUAGAAAUGGGCUCCUGUGAUGCCACCUUCUGGUGCUAAGAAGCCAGAGCAUUCUGGGAACUGUCAAAUUAGUAUUAACCACAUUGAGCCACAGAAACCACAUACAUUUUUUGAGAGAUGAACAAAAGUCUGCAAACUAAGGGAUUGGAAGUUCUUACAAAAUGCUUUACAUGAAGGAGAAAGAAACCUACAUCUGAACACAGAAAGACACAUGUAUAACACCUAGCGCUUUACCUUCCCCAUCACACUCUUAUAAACGGUUGUUUUGUCUUCAUUUUAUGAGAAGUUUCUUUUCCUGUGUUUGGAUGCAUUCCAUCGCACACUUCCCACACAAGCCUGUGAAAGCACUGACAAGAGUGAACUUGCUGUGUGAGGGAGGAAUUUGUGUAAUCUCGACUCAAAAUACACUUUUCAACUUUAAUAGAAACAAACUCUGCAGAAACUAGAGAUGAAAUGGUUCAUUAUCCAACUGACUGUUUUCUAGGGGAAAUGGUACAGUAAAGUCUCAUUUUUAACAAGACUUUUGGUUCCUCAAAGGAUGUCGUGUCAAAGUGUUCAGUGUUUUUGUGGACAAGCAACGGUUCCUACCAAAUAAAAUUAAUUCAUCUUUGAA